CGAGGUUCUGUUUGUUACACGGACGUAUUUCGACUUCCCUCCCAUUCAGAAACAACCGCCGCCGCAUUUGAGAAAACAUGGCAACUCAGAUGGCCAACACAAAAGUACCGGAGGUGCGGGACAUCACCAGGAUAGAAAGGAUCGGUGCACAUUCACACAUUCGGGGCCUUGGAUUGGAUGAUGCUUUGGAACCACGACAGGUGUCUCAGGGAAUGGUAGGGCAGCUGGCAUCUCGGCGGGCCGCCGGCCUGAUCUUGGAGAUGAUUAAAGAUGGGCACAUCGCCGGGCGGGCAGUGCUAAUCGCCGGACAACCUGGCACGGGCAAGACUGCCAUUGCUAUGGGCAUUGCUCAGUCCCUCGGCCCAGACACACCCUUCACUGCUCUGGCAGGAAGUGAGAUCUUCUCUCUGGAGAUGAGCAAGACCGAGGCCCUGAGCCAGGCCUUCCGCAAAGCCAUCGGGGUCCGAAUCAAGGAGGAGACUGAAAUCAUCGAAGGAGAGGUGGUGGAGAUUCAGAUUGAUCGGCCAGCCACAGGAACGGGCACCAAAGUGGGCAAGCUGACCCUGAAGACCACGGAGAUGGAGACCAUCUAUGACCUGGGCAGUAAAAUGAUCGAGAGCCUCAGUAAGGAGAAGGUGCAGGCUGGGGAUGUGAUCACCAUUGAUAAAGCCACGGGGAAGAUCAGCAAACUUGGCAGGUCUUUCACCAGAGCCCGAGAUUACGAUGCGAUGGGGGCGCAGACGCAGUUCGUGCAAUGUCCAGAGGGGGAGCUGCAGAAGCGCAAAGAGGUCGUCCACACCGUCUCGCUCCACGAGAUCGACGUGAUCAACAGCCGCACGCAGGGCUUCCUGGCCCUUUUCUCAGGAGACACGGGCGAGAUCAAAUCGGAGGUGCGCGAGCAGAUCAAUGCUAAAGUGUCCGAGUGGCGAGAGGAGGGCAAAGCGGAGAUCAUUCCCGGGGUCCUAUUCAUAGAUGAAGUGCACAUGCUGGACAUCGAGUGUUUCUCCUUCUUAAACCGAGCCUUAGAGAGCGACCUUUCACCCGUACUCAUCAUGGCCACCAACCGGGGCAUCACCAGGAUCCGAGGCACCAACUACCAGAGUCCUCACGGUAUUCCCAUAGAUAUGCUGGACCGGCUGCUCAUCAUCGCCACGUCCCCGUACACUGAGAAGGAAACCAGGCAGAUCCUGAAGAUUCGGUGUGAGGAAGAGGAUGUGGAGUUGAGUGAGGAAGCGCACACCGUCCUGACACGAAUUGGCCAGGAGACGUCUCUCCGCUACGCCAUCCAGCUCAUCAGCACUGCAGGCCUGGUGUGCCGCAAGCGCAGGGGCACCGAGGUGCAGGUGGAGGACAUUAAGCGUGUCUACUCCCUCUUCCUGGAUGAGUCACGCUCCUCGCAGUACAUGAAGGAGUACCAGGACUCCUUCCUCUUCAACGAAACGCAAUCUGCCCAGAUGGACACAUCUUAAGGAAUGCAAAAGCUCUUUUUUUUUUUUAUAGUGUUCCUGUGAUGUUGAGAGUUUAUAUGAACCAGAAGGUCGUCUGCCAGCUGUCACAUGGUUUUCCGACUUCUCUAUUUUUUCUUGUGUUUACUAGCAGAUUGUCAUUUGCUAAAAUCCAUGCACAUUAAAGUUUGGAUAAAUUGCAAAUCCUUCUUUUUUCCUUUUUUAUGAGUGAAUUGGUUUGGACAUUUACAUUUAAAGAGGUUGAAAGGCAUUGUUAUGUUUAAAAUCCUAAAUAUUAAAGAGGGAUUCAAACCCAG